UUUGUACUAUAAGAUAUCAUCAUUGGGGAAGUUGGGUAUACCAAUGUUGCGAUUUUCUGUAAGUCUAUAAUUAUUUCAAAAUUAAAAUUUUUGCAGGAGAGUAGCACGUACUUUUAGUCCCAGCUACUCAGGAAGCCGAAGCUGGAGGAUCCCUUGAGCCUACAGUGUCAAGCCUGCAGUGAGCUAUGAUUGCACCACUGCACUCCAGACUGGUGACCCAGUCUCUUUUUUAAAAAUUGAAAAUAUUGCCAGGCGCGGUGGCUCACACCUGUAAUCCCAGCAUUUUGAGAGGCCAAGGCGGGCAGAUCACAAGGUCAAGAGAUUGCGACCAGCCCGAACAACAUGGUGAAACCCUGUCUCUACUAAAAAAUACAAAAAUUAGCUGGGCGUGGUGGCGCGCGCCCGUAGUCCCAGCUACUCAGGAGGCUGAGGCAGGAGAAUUGCUUGAACCCAGGAGGCGGAGAUUGCCGUGAGCAGAGUUUGCGCCAUUGCACUCCAGCCUGGCGCCUGGCAGCAGAGCGAGACUCUGUCUAAAAAAAAAAAAAAAAAAAAAAUAAUUGAAAAUAUAUUUAUUUUAUAAAUUACUGAAUUUAGGGGCACCCAGGUCAAUUUGAGCCAACAAUGAGCAUCUUACUUGCAUCUGCCAGUCCUAGCCUUGCAUGUUCUGCUCUCAAACCGUGGGGGACAUCAGCCAAGACUCUCACCUCGCUCAGCAAAGCGCAGACAUUUAGCUUUCCCUUGGGCAGUCCACAAACCCAUCAGCCUGCCCCAGUCCACCAGCUAAUUCUGCCCCCAGGGACACUCCUUCCCUGCUACCUGGCCCUUCCCCUCUCCGUAAACCCCCUGUGUGGAACGUUCAAGCAUGAGCAGCAAUCAGAUAGGCUUUGCUUUUCUUCUUUUUUGUUCUUCAACCAGUUCAGUUCAAUUUCCAUGAAAAGUGCUCAGGGUGUAAAUAAUGUCACAUCUCAUGUUAAAUUUCAGUUGUGAGUCAGGGCCUGGGGUUUUGACAAGCGCCCAGGUGAUUCCAGUGUGGAAGUUGAAGUAGAGAACCACCCCUGGAGCCAGUUCUUGACUUUGGGCACACAUUAGAAUCUUCUAGGGCCGUUAGAAAGGCAGAUUUUCUGAUGCGCCCUGGACUUGCUGAAUCAGAAACCCUGGGAGUGUGCCCAGCCAUCUGUGCUUGCAAAGCCCUCCAGGCAAUUCUCAUGCUUGCUGAGGGUUGAGGACCACUGAUAUAGAACUUUAAAAAAAUAGGAUGCUUGGAGCCAUACUCAGAGAUGCCGGUCUCAUUGGUCCGAGUUACCGUCCUGCUGUCCCACAUAGAGAAAGUUCCUUGGGUCAUUCUACUGAGUGCUGGGGUGAGAGCCGCUGCUCCACUGAUCACUCGGUGAUCAGCCGAGUCUCCAUUCCUGGUUCUCCAGCACAGUGCUUCUCCGAGUGCUUAUGUUUCUUACAGAGAAACCAAAGAUUUGGUUGCUUCCUUAAGCAACAAUCCAACGAGUAAAGAGGAAAUAAAGUGCUUUCGAGAAAAUGCCAUUCUAAGCACCACGGCAUCCAGGAGGCCCCUAUGCUGUGUACGCUUUGAUUUGUGUGAAUUUAUUUUGCCUAUUCUUCUCUUCUCUUUGUGCAACUCUGGCAGGGUGAGAAAACUUCAAAAAGAUAUAAGAAAAGUUGUUCUCAAGUGGUCUGGGGCACGACCUUUUUGCUCGAUAGAAUUCAAAUCUCCGUCUGGGGAUAUCAUUUACUCCUGAUAAAAUGCUUAAGAACUUUUCUCCCCCCACUGGCUGCUCUGAAAAGCCAUCUUUGCAUUGCUCCUCGUCCGACUCCUUGCUCGCCGCAGCUGCCUCCACCGCGCGCCUCCUUGGCCCUCGCAGACUCCGGCAGCUUUAUCGCCAGAGUCCUUGAACUCUCUCUUUCUUUUUAAUCCCUCGCAUCGGAUCACCGGCGCGCCCCACCAUGUCAGACGCAGCGGUAGACACCAGCUCCGAAAUCACCACCAAGGACUUGAAGAAGAAGGAAAUUGUGGAACAGGCGGAAAAUGGAAGAGACGCCCCUGCUAACGGGAAUGUGAAUGAGGACAAUGGGGAGCAGACGGCUGACAAUGAGGUAGAUGAAGAAGAGGAAGAAGGUGGGAAGGAAGAGGAGGAGGAAGAAGAAGGUGAUGGUGAGGAGGAGGAUGGAGAUGAAGAUGAGGAAGCUGAGUCUGCUACGGGCAAGCAGGCAGCUGAAGAUGAUGAGGAUGAUGAUGUCGAUACCAAGAAGCAGAAGACCGAUGAGGAUGAUUAGACAGCAAAAAAGGAAAAGUUAAACUAAAAAAAAAAAAAGGCCGCCGUGACCUAUUCACCCUCCACUUCCGGUCUCAGAAUCUAAACGUGGUCACCUUCGAGUAGAGAGGCCGGCCCGCCCAUCGUGGGCAGUGCCACCGGCAGAUGACACGACGCGCUCUCCACUACCCAACCCAAACCGUGAGAAUUUGCAACAGGGGAGGAAAAAAGAACCAAAACUUCCAAGGCCCUGCUUUUUUUCUUAAAAGUACUUUAAAGAGGAAAUUUGUUUGUAUUUUUAUUUACAUUUUAUAUUUUUGUACAUAUUGUUAGGGUCAGCCAUUUUUAAUGAUCUCGGAUGACCUAACCAGCCUUCAGAGCGUUCUCUGUCCCACUUCCGACUUUACUUGUGGUGCGACCAUGUUCAUUAUAAUCUCAAAGGAGAAAAAAAACCUUGU